AUGGCGCGGGUGCGGGCGAGUGCGUUUGGGGCGACCCGCGAGCAGGCUCGCCGGCGCCUCGCCGCGCUGGCGCUCGCGAGCGCCACGCGGCUAGCGCAGGGGCAGGUGUACGAGCUGACGAACGCGCCGCUGCCUCCGGCGAAGUCGCUGCAGGUGCUGCAGGCGUUCUACGUCUUCGGCGGCAGCCAGACGGCGACGAAUGUCUCGGACGGCACCACGGCGCCGCCGUUUGUGAAGUUCGAGCUCGGGGCCAGCGGAUCGGCCAAGGGCACCGCGACCAGCCAGCAGGACAUCCAGGGCGUGGAGGUCGGACUGGUGCCCGCUGACACGCUCCGGCGCCUCAUCGACACCAGGGACUUGUGCAGCCCCUCCGGCCCCGAGCUCACGCAGCUCGCCACCGCGGGGCUGAUGGUGCAG